CGUCUCCUCAUGUACGCAAGUGUAGCUCAUUCACAAGCUAGUCGCACUUGAUGAUGACUUUCUCCAUUAUUGCUGUCCUGAAGCUCCACUCAAGUGAGUGUUACUGCCAGCCCGAGCUUGCUGCUGCUGAGUGGGUCACUUAAUUUUUGCUGUCUGGCCCAUACUUUAGCUGGCAGACCCACGGCACCAAACCGGGCUCAGUGAGCGGCAACUCGCCAGCACACAUGCCCGAGUCAGCAAGCUGCCUUGGGGCCUUCGGCUGAUCUAUGCGCAAGCGCGCACACUGUGUCAGGAGCGCGCAAUCGAGUCACAGGCCACAGAUGGCCGAUUAUGGGCUCUGUAGACUAUCACGCUCUUGAAAGCUGCGGUAAUCACCACUUCUCUACGGUCUUCUACCAUCGAUUGCAUACACUAUAUUCAUCAUGAGUGUCACAUUGGAGUAUAGCGACAAGUUUCCGUCAGAAAGCUCAUCAGUACAAGACGUACCGCCGAUGGAACUCGGCGGACGUCGUCAUGCGCAAUUCGUGUCGCGCAAGAUCAAAGGUCCCGUAGAGAAGCCCUGGAAGGAUCGCAAGGUGCCUCGCAGUGAAAAAUGGAGCAACUAUAUCAUCUGGGCUGGCUGGGUUGUUGGGCUCCUCGUCGCAGCAGCGUUUGCGUAUCUCGAAACUGCAAAGUACGACAAGCACCAGUGGUGUCUCGUCUUCGAGGACAACUUUGAUACGUUCAACAUGGACACCUGGAAUCAUGAUAUCGGAUUGGGAGGUUGGGGUGUUUCCUCUUUUGAGUGGACUACGGCAGAUCCAGAGAACUCCUGGGUCGAGAACGGUGCACUUCACAUGAAGCCAACGCUGAAUGAUCCAAACCAGUACAAAGAGGGGGACAUGGUCAACUUGACGGCUACCGGAGAAUGCACAGCUCCUUACGACGCCAUCGACGAUCCUUGUGUGGCUUAUGUCAACUCGACCCAGGGCCGUUCCAUCAACCCCUUCAAAUCUUCUCGACUGACGACGAAGGACAAAUUCUCUUUCAUGUAUGGUAAAAUUGAGAUGCGAGCCAAAAUGCCCCAGGGCGAUUGGCUUUGGGCUGCUUUCUGGAUGCUUCCAACCACAAACACUUAUGGCGGUUGGCCGUUCUCUGGCGAGAUCGAUAUCAUUGAGAUGCGAGGCAACAACUACACCUAUGUCUUUGCCGGUGGCUUUCCAGCAGGCAACAAUGUCAUGAAUUCAGCAAUUCACGCGGGUGUGAGUUAUGAUGCGCACAUUCAUCAGACCCAAAAAGCGCUUGGCUCUGAGUGGCACAUCUAUGGCAUGAUUUGGACAGAGAAGUACAUCAAGACAUACAUCGACAAUGAGCUGCGCACUGUCAUCAGAGUGGACUUUGAGCAAGGCGCUCUAUUCCAGCAAGGUCAAAGCUCCAAUUUGUCUGCACCUUUCGACCAGGAGUUCUACCUGAUUCUCAACAACGCCGUUGGCUCUGCGAAUCGCUACUUCAGUGAAGAGCAGGGGUCGCCAGACAAGCCUUGGCAAGAUGGCUCAUUGAGGUUGGGUGGCAUGCGUGAGAUGUAUGAGCAUCGCGAUUUGUGGCUCCCAAGCUGGGAGAAUGGCAGAAGCGAAAUGGUCAUCGACUACAUCAAAGUUUGGCAAGACUGCAGCAAGACGAAAAAGAGGUAGAGUGAGUUAGCUAGUGAUGUUUUCGAUUUAGCGUAGCAUUGUACAAGUACAACGUCGAACUUUCUUUCCAAUGAGCGCUAACCAAUGGACCAUGGCGGCCUCUCGAUCAGCCCGUUACUAGAAUAGCUAUAUC